CGCGAUCUCGCAACAAGUAAUCACAAUCCAACCGAGAAGGUACAAGCCGUUCAGCGGCAACAGCGAUAGCAACAGCAACAGCAGCAAAAAGAACAGCACGCAUAAUUGCCAGGGAGCAUCGAACGAAAGAGAAACCGAAACACCCAACAACACUAAGCAACAGCACUGGAAACAAGAACUCCCAUCCAGAACGACAACCGCACAGAAUGGCACCUGUCGAACAAGGCGACGGAGAAUCCUCCACACCGGCAGCUGCAACGACGGCAGAUCCAUCACCCAWUUUGCCUGAUUCUUCCGGCGCCGCAAAUSUAACUUCCACAGCGAAAAGACCCACCAAGAGCGUCACCGUCGUUCUCCCGGAGGAAGGGAGCAACGGCGGCCACAGCGGAGGCAAUGGAAGUGGCAACAGAAGUGGCAGUGGCAAUCCCCACUCUGGAAGCAGCAGCGCCGCGGACGCCCACCGUGCCGCGGACGAAAACAUUGAGCGGCAAAAGCGGCUGGAGGACGAGCAAAAGGCCAGGAAGCAGCAACAGCAACAGCAGCACCAAUCCCAGCACCAGAAGAGAAAGACGAGCAGCAAAACCGGGGACAACCCGAUUAUUCCGGCUGCCAUUGAUUUCAGUACCAUGAUGGGGGAGAACAAUGGCGACCAAGCUCCGGGAAGUCCCCAUCCAGCGUCCGUGAGCAGCAACAACAGCACUGGCAACGGCAACGGCAACAGCAACAGCAACCAGAGCAAGAACAAUCAGGGCCGGAUCCAGCUGGGAAUCUGCGCCAUGGACAAAAAAGCCCGCUCCAAGCCAAUGGCCGAAAUCCUCAGCCGCCUCGACGAGAACUUGUUCCGGGUGGUCUUUUUCGGGGACGAUCUCAUCCUCAACCGGCCCAUUCAGGAGUGGCCGGCCAACAUCGACGUCCUCAUUGCCUUUUACUCCAAGGGCUACCCCCUCCAGAAGGCCAAGGAAUACGUCAAGCUCCGGAAUCCCGUCUGCAUCAACGACCUGGACAUGCAGGAGCGCCUGCAGGACCGGCGAAUGGUMUACGACCUGCUGGAGGCCUCGGGAAUCGACGUUCCCCGGCACGUCUUUCUCAGCCAGGACGGCUACAAGUCUACCGGCAGCGGGGACGGCAACAAGGAGGGAGAGACCACCGUCCGGGAAUUCGACGACCACAUCGAGAUCAACGGUGUCUCCAUCCACAAGCCAUUUGUGGAAAAACCCGUGGACGCGGACGACCACAACAUUGCCAUCUACUAUCCGACGUCCGCGGGGGGCGGCUGCAAGAAGCUCUUUCGCAAGAUCGGCAACCGCUCCUCCGAGUUCUACCCGGACAUUCACGAAAUCCGGAGGGACGGAUCGUACGUCUACGAGGAAUUCGUCGAAACCCAGGGGACGGACGUCAAGAUGUACACGGUCGGCCCGGACUACGGACACGCGGAGGCCCGCAAGUCGCCGACGGUGGACGGRAAGGUACAGAGGAACGCCGACGGAAAGGAGCUCCGGUUUCCCGUCAUUCUGACGCUGUCCGAGAAGGAGAUUGCCCGUCGGAUCGUCCUGCAGUUCAAGCAGUUCGUCUGCGGCUUUGAUCUUCUGAGGGUUCAGGAGGGACACKCGGUCGUCUCCUACUGCUGCGACGUGAACGGCUUUUCCUUUGUCAAGAACAGCCGGUGCGUGUCGCAUCGCCUUUUGUGGUUGGGUUGCGCUGUGCCAUUCCGUCUUGUAACAUGAUUGUCGCUCUUGUCUGUGGAAUGGACUGCCAUCGCAAGAUCGCGGUGUGGUGUCUUGAUCUAACAAGAAUUGCGCCAUUUCUCUCUCUCUCUCUCCAUUUGAAAUUCCGUCGGGAUAUGCCCAAUCGCAUCGCAUCGCAUUCCAUUCCAUUCCAUUCCAUCCCAUCCCAUCCCAUCCCAUCCCAUCCCAUCCCAUCCCAUCCCAUCCCAUCCGUCCCACAGGAAAUACUACGACGAUUGCGCACAGAUCCUAACCGAGCACAUGUUGGCCAUUGUGAAACCAGAGGAGCACAACCAGUUCUCCACCCUCGAGCCCCUUGUCACCGAAGUUGCUGACGUUGCACCGGAGGGCUUUAUGAAUCCCCUCCAGCGCGUAGCCCGGCUGCUCACCAACAACAGCAACAACGACGGGACCAACCAGUCCCAUAGCGACACGGUGGUAUCCGACGAGAACAUYGAGACGAGGUCACACAARUCGAUGGUCUCGACCGACAACGAUCCGACGCUGCUAGAGGAGGGGGCCGUCCCCGUCCGCCAGAUCCCGCGGGAACUCAUCUCGGAACCCGCMUCGCUGCCCGUGUCGCGGGACGUUUCCUGCGAGGACUUUCUCGGGAAGCUAGGGCCCAACGGCGAAUUUGACCGAAACCACGUUCCAUCUUCGCACAACAGCAGCAUCCGCAGCGUGGACAGCASCUACRUSCAUAACCACGGCUCGARGAAUUCCCUGGUGAACAUGCAUCAGGAGGAACUCCGCUGCGUCAUUGCCGUUGUCCGUCACGCCGACCGUACCCCCAAGGAAAAACUCAAGCUCAACACCGCCGAGCCAAUCAUCCUCGAAUAUUUCAGAGACCACAGCGAAGGAAAACUGACCAAGGACCUCAAGAUCAAGGCCAAGACACCCAUGACGGAAUUCCUGGCUGCCGUUCGGAAAAUCAUCGUCCAGUACGAGCAAAAAGAAGAACUCAGAAAGGACGAGCAAAAGAUACUUUGGAAGUUCAACCACAUGAGGGACGUCCUGGAGCGAUGGAAGUUUUCCGGCCUGAACCGCAAGCUCCAGCUCAAGCCCAAGAAGAUCACCACCGAUGAGAAAACAGGAAAAAAAACCCUCCGGGAAGUCCAGCUCAUCCUCAAGUGGGGUGGUGAUUUGACCAAGCUGGGUGAAAACCAGGCCAUCCAGCUCGGGCAGCAAUUCCGGCAUUCCAUCUACCCCGAUUCUCCGUAAGUAUUGAAUCGUCAGUUGUCGCAACGCGUAUGCAAUCGCCUUGCAUCGCAAGGAUUUUAUUGUCUCGCACUUGCUAGUUUCGCAUCGAAUGCAUACACUCGAUGAGGGGUUCUUUGACUAGAACCACAAACAAAUUUUCUCUAACUAACCAACCAACCAACACCACACACCGAUAUUGCACACACUCUGUUGACCGGAAUUGAAUCAACUUGAACCACAGUGGCGGAGGAGUUUUGAGGCUUCAUUCUACGUUUCGCCACGAUCUGAAAAUUAAAACCAGCGACGAAGGAAGAGUAAUGAAAACAGCCGCCGCUUUUGCAAAGGGGUUGCUAGAUUUAGAGGGAGAUAUUCCCCCCAUCCUGGUUUCAUUGGUCCACAAGGAAAAGGGGAGCAUGCACAUGCUGGACCCGUCCGGCGACAAGGACGUCAAGUUAGAACUGGACGAAUGCAAGGAAAAAAUAUCGCAGCAUCUCCAAGAGGAUAUCGAUUGGCGAGACAUGACCGAAGAAGAUCGCAUCCGCCUCGUCGGACCUCCCGAGGUUACCUCGCUGAGGGACGCUCUCGCCAAGAUUGGCAAUCCUCGUAAGACACUUCAAACCAUCUAUCAAACGAUGGGUACUUUGAUCGAAGAAUUGGAAGAAAUGCUCGGUAGGGGGGAAAGUGGAGACGAAAAAGCCUCCGACGAAGGAGACAUCCAAAAGGGAGAUAGCGAAGAYGCGGAUGCCCAGUUAAGUGGCGUCAAGUUGUACAAGGGAGAAACUCUGUUGGAACUGACAGAACGGUGGCGGUUUAUCUACACGCGGCUAUACGAUGCCGAGACGGACACCUUUGAUCUGUCACGGAUCCCAGACGUCCUGGACAACGUUAGGUUUGAUGUCCUACACAACCCCCAUCUUGGCUUGACAUCGAUCUUGCACAAGCUUUAUUCGCUGGCAAAAGACAUGGCGGACACUGUUGUGCCACAGGAGUAUGGCACAACCCUSGCUGAGAAGCGGAGCGUGGGCAUCAAGGUCUGCAGCUCCCUCCUCGAGAAAAUUCGUUUCGAUUUGCACAUUGCCAGAACCGACAAUAAAACRGACAUGCGGUACAUGAUCAACAUGGACUACAGCGCGGAUCUCCCCAUCACCACCAUGGGCCGUCGCAUCCGUACUCGCUUAUACUUUACCUCGGAAAGUCACUUGCACACACUGAUCAAUGUCCUUAGGUUUGCCGCCAACACUGACGCCGGUGGUUCUUCUUUCUYGGRCACCAAUUGCUCCUCCCCCGUGUUAUCUCCGUUUGGGUUUGGCUUUCUGAACGAAUCUAAGGAAGUCUGCUACCUGACCCAGGUUGUCAUUCGGCUUUUCGAAGACACCGGUCGCCGAAUGAGCGAUCCCCGGCGCUACCGCGUCGAAAUUCUCUUCUCGGCCGGUGCGACCGGGACCCCCAUCCACCAGUGCAAAUCGACGAAGGAAACGGACGCAACMCGCCUGGAUACAGAGCCCCUCGUAGCCGUAGGCCGAGAAGGUCUAACAUGCCAAGAGGUCGAGGCAUUUUUUGAUUCCAUUAUCGCCGAACGAGGUCAGAGCGAUGGCAACCACGACGUCGACGCAAUUUCUGAACACAGCGGCCCACCGAAGACUCCUAUGGGCAAUCCCAUUGAUAGCGAUGGCCAGAAUCUCCCGACCCCAAAGACUGUGAAUACAAAUUCAGUUGCUUCUUGCGCCACUGAAUCCCAAAAAAUCACCUCGGAUGAGGGAAGCGAACAGAAUCAACCACAAAAGAACGAUGGAAACCUCAGCAACAGAAAUAGUGCUCUUUCAUCUCCUCCCAAUCCAAGCGUGCGGAAGCAAAAUGGAAGAAACGCUGCCGAGAAACACACGAGUAACAGGGAAGAGAAGGGAAAGAGCGAUGUGACUCGGGAUUCGUCGGCGGUUUCGUCGUCGUCACCACCCGAACGCUCCGAAUCGAGCAGGAUCGGCGGGGCCAGACCAAGUAGGGCGGAUGAAGACGACCACAACAAGGCGGUUCGCGAUCACCAACUCUUUUACCUUACCAUAGCUACCACCGCACURGUGAUGGGGGUUGGCUGCCUGGUCCUCGCUACAGGAUUGACGGGGAAUCCACGCAACCGGCGGCAUUUCUCGCAUUUCUCGCAGCGGUAACCACCAAAACGGAACUACCUGCGCUCACAACGAAAGCUCGACAUGCUGGUCACAGCAAACGAGGAAAAACGAAACCACACCGCCUGCGGUUGCCCCAGCCCCACUGUAUACUUGAUAAUACAAAUAAGACACAAAC